GUGGCCUGCUACUUGUGCUCGGAAACAUGCCGUUACCUCCGAGGAGAUACGACGAGUGGACAGGGGAGAAGGCGCCUAAUUAAAGUCACCUGGCAACUUUUUCCAAAAAGCUCAGAAUUCAUGGUUGUAUUUGUAGUUGCGAACAGCCAGUAUUUACAAUGCACGCGUUAAACUAUCGUUAACACCACGCUGUGUGCGUCAGCUCACUCCGAAGCACAUUUUUUGACAUAUGCUAACCGGCUAAACGUUACUGUCCGUUCUCUUAUCCCGGUAUGAAUAUUAACUGAAGCUAUGAACGUGUUUCUUAUUUAGUCAACAUUUAGUAUCGCUUCUGCUGCCUUCAGUGCCAACUACCACGGAGACGAGGAAGCGGUCGAAAGAGCCCCGAGGGGGAGAUGACAAAGGAGGAGCUUUCGGAGCCCGUUGAGGGAGACACCGUGCUGGGCUGGGCCUCUUUCCAUCAGCCAUCGGUCAUCCACCAGGUGGCCUCUGCCCCGAUGCCCAACGACUGUGAUUUUUCCUUCUUUGACCCCAGCGAGCCACAGUGCAAGCAGCUUCUCGUAGAUCCCAGCACCACCAUACCAGAGCUGUUCGCUGUCAUCAGGCAGUGGGUGCCCCAGGUUCAGAAGAACAUCGACCUCAUCGGCAAUGAGAUCCUGAAGAGAGGCUGCGGUGUGAACGACCGAGAUGGUCUGACAGACAUGAGCCUCCUGCACUAUUGCUGCAAGGCUGGGGCCCCGGGCAUCGGCGAUGCAGAGACGUCUGCCGGCUUUGCCCGCCAGCUCCUUGCCCUGGGUGCAGAUCCUAACCUCCGCUCGCGCUGGACCAACAUGAGGGCCAUGCACUACGCUGCGUACUUCGAUGUGCCCCAGCUCAUCCGGGUCGUGUUGCAGGCCUCGCAGCCUGGAGAGGUAGAUGCCACAUGCAGUGACUUUGACUUUGGCACCGCCCUGCACAUCGCUGCGUCCAACCUGUGCAUAUCAGCUGUCAAGUGUCUCCUGGAGCUGGGAGCCAACCCUGCUUUCAGGAAUGUAAAAGGGCAGUGCCCAGCAGACGUGGUGCCGGACCCUCUCGACAUGCCGUUGGAGAUGACGGAUGCGGUUGCCGUGGCCAAAGAGCUCUGGACUUUGCUCAGCCAGGCUCUACCCAGACCCAGCUCUCCUCUUCCCCUCACACUGCGUGCCCAGGCCCUUCCAGUUCUCUCCGACAAGGCCCGGAUACAGCUCGCCACCAUGGGAAUCCGACUCGGGGGCCGCGUGAUGAUAGCUGGACAGAAGGUUGGAAGCCUGCGUUUCUGCGGCAGCACUGAGUUCUCUGGAGGCCUGUGGGCCGGAGUGGAGCUGGACAAACCGGAGGGAAAGAACGACGGCUCGGUAGCGGGGGUGCAGUAUUUCACCUGUCGACACAAACAUGGAAUCUUUGCUCCCCUCUCGAAGAUAAGCAAACCUUUGGAAAAACAUAAAACCAACACUAGAAAGACUUCGACACCUGUACGCCCCGCUCAUCGCAUCGACUCGUCCUUCACCUCCAAGAUAAACACAGGCGUCCUCACCCGCUCGCUCUCCUCUUCGUCCUCUUCCUUGGACUCUCGGCAUGCGGCGGGCGCCCGACCCCGUCCGCUGCCAAGGCAACGACUUCCCGCCAGGCAGCGGAGAGAGCGCGCCUCUCUCAGUCACAGGUCCGCACCGUCGCCGGGCCUUCACCCCCCCCCCGAUGCCUCAGCAGCUUUUCAAAGCCAAGCCCCUUCGGCCAGUAGCUCUGUGAGCGGGGGCCCUGUGGUGCGCCUGGGGGAGAGGGUGCUGGUGGUGGGCCAGCGAAUGGGCGUAAUCAAGUUCUGUGGAAAGACCAGCUUUGCUCCAGGACUCUGGUUAGGGAUUGAACUGGACCAGCCCAGCGGCAAGAAUGACGGAUCAGUGGGAGGAGUGACGUAUUUCAGUUGUCCUCCUAAACACGGCGUCUUUGCUCCUCCGUCUCGUGUUCAGAGGAUCCAUGGAUCAGUGGACUGCCUCUCAGAGCUCUCCUCCUCCCGCCUCACUCAUCCUCCCAGCGAGACAAUCCGCCGCAGUUCAAGCACAUCGUCGGCUAUUGGCACCCCGAAGGAGACGAGCAGACGGCCUGGUACCAGAAGUCGCUCCAAUCCUCCCCGCCGGCGGUGGAGCACCCUCAGCGGCGGUGGAGGUGGUGUUCCCAGGAGCGCAGCGGGGUGCAGCCCCCCCGACGGACAGGUGCGGCUGCACGUGGGCAUGCACGUCCUGCUCAGCAGCGCAAACGACAUGGCGCUCAUCCGCUACCUGGGCGCGGCGGACUUUGCCCCGGGCCUCUGGCUGGGCCUGGAGCUCCGAAGCCCCAAGGGCAAGAACGACGGCUCCGUGGGCGCCCGCCGCUACUUUACCUGCCAGCCGGGCCACGGCGUGCUGGUGCGGCCCAGCCGCGUCACCUACCGCGGCAUCAACGGGUCUCGCUUGGUGAAUGAAGGCAGCUAAGGGCUGCAGGGACCAGGGGGGCGGGGCUCGGGAGGGACGUUUCAGAUGUUUGUGUUCUAUUGUUUUAGGUUUGAGCUUCUAUGCAUUGCAUAUUGUUGCUCAUUUCUAAAGGUGUUCUGAGUUACUGUAAUAUUUCCAUCUACUAAUGGUUCAAAUUUGAAUUGCUAGAUUUAUUUUCUUUUUUAUUAAGUCAGAGGCAAUGAAAGCACUUUACAGAAAAAAACUCAAAAUUCCUAUUAAAACUUGCAGCAUAAAGGUGGAACCUCUUACGCUGGAAGACGCUCCACUGCUAUAAAUGUGAUUGCACUAAGAAACAUAUCAAUUAUUAUGAUGGAUCAGAAUAAGAGGAACUUGAUGUGUACGCACAUAAACUUUCUAAAACCCAGAGCUAAUUUUGAUCAUAUACAUUAGAUUUCUAUUGGAUCAUUUAGGUGGUAAUGUAGCCCACCCGCUAACCAAAAGUGUGCAUGGGAUUGUGUGCUUGUGUGUGUAUUAAUUAAGAGCACUUUGAAAGAAGAUAAAUGGACUAAUUCUUUCAGGGUCGGCGUACAGCUCACAGAUAAUUGGAGACGAGUCGAAACUGUGCUUUCAGUUUUAUGAAUGAGCGAGAAUUCAACACGAUUUAAUUAAGUGGAAACCUCCAUCAACCUCAAUCAAAAUGUGUGUGUCGAGGGAAGUAUUCCUCCGUACAUCAGCCUCUGCCACAGACUGCCCAUUGAGCCUGAAGGAGUCUGACUCACGGGAUGGAGACAGCUGCCAUACAGUCCAGUCACAACACCCAAAACAAACGGGCCGCUUUAGAGAAUCCUAUUUCCCCUGCAGUAGCGUGAGGAGCCUUGAGCGCUGACACAGUGCUGUGACACUAGGUCCGAGUGUUCACCACUGAUCCAGUACGGCCACUCUAUUGGUCAGCAGCAUACCAGGUGUCUUAGAGCUCACAUGGGCUCCACCUGAUUGAAAGCCCGUCAUAAUACCAGACCUGGCAGCUUCUUCUCAGCGCUCCGUUUGUUGACCACAGUUCAAAGCACUGGUAAUUGUAUUUGAAGCUUAAUUGAGGUAGCGUGACACAGGAAAUGUGCCGUCAUCCAGAUGUUUCAAGGGUCUAGUUUGCGAUUUGAUUAAAUCCGUCCUGGCAAACACUGCAGGGAGCUGGCCAUCGAUCUUGCAUGUGGAAAAACCGAGUCGCUAUUCAGCAAAACACUCGUGUAGCAACCAAUUAAGGCGUGUCGACCACAACAAGAGCUCUGGAAUCUCCAAUGGCCUCCUCUCAUUGAUCUGUCCGCUCAGGCCCCGCUGUGAUUAAAAGGCAGCGGUGGUCAGAGCCCAAGGUUGUCUGGAAGAGCAGCCGCACAUCUAAUAGAGGAAAUGACUGCAGUCUCUCUGAAUCCCAUCAGAAAACAUUUUAACAAACCUCCUUCGCGAUCAUUACUGCAGAAUUUUUUGGCAUUUUGCAUUUCAAAUCUCAUCUCAGGAUAAAUUCACUCGUAGUAUUGCAGGAUGGCUGAUUUCUGAGUCCACUGAUGGGUAGCACAUUAUUUUGUGGCUGUGUUCUUGUGGGUAACAGUUGUUUUCAUAGAAUCCUUGAACUGUAUAUCUGCAGUGUGUGUGGGUGAAAGAGGGAUUCGGUCUGCUGCAUUCAUGUGUUCUAUAUUAAAGCAUUGGUUUAAAAAAACACAAAUAAAGUAUUCUAUUUUGAUUUGACGUCA